AUGUCGUCGGUGGACGCUGGUGGCCCUACCGCCGCAGACAGUGAGGCGGCUUGUGCCGCCAUCAUACGUGUGCUCCCGACGGAUCCGUCUGAACUUGCUCGCUUCUUUCAUUCUCAUCCGCACACAGAACAUGUGUUGUCGUGGCUCCUAUUCACCCUUGCGUCACGUGUAUUAGACGCGACGCCCCUUACCGAUGGUACUGGCGCCGAUGUGCUGGAUGUGCUAUUGCGACUCUGUGCACAUGGCGACCGCGCACUAUUGCAGCGUGUAUGUGGUCGCGGUCAUCUUUGGGAUGUGUGCGUGCUGGCGUCGGUCUACGAUGGUGUUGACGUGCGCCCAAUUAUGACAGCGCUUUGGCCUCAUAGUAACUUGGCCAAGUGGACAAUCGACCUGGCAACAUCAUCGAUUCUGCAUGAAAUCGACAACUUCGCCUUCCUACCGUGGGCCCAUGCACUCCGCCACAUGCGCCGCGCCAUCCGUCUUACAUACAGCCUGCUCGCAGUUCUUGGAGGCGGCAGCAGCAGCCGUGGCAGCGAUCGUGUUGCCACGGCCGCUUGCCAUAUCAACGUCGAUUGCGCAUCGUCGCUCGCCAAUCUAGCACAGGCACUUGCCACCGCGUACAAUGAUGUGCUUGCUGCGCGUCGCAUCCCGUCUGACGAGGUGUCCUCUUCUGCGACACCUUGGCCAACGGCAUGGCUUGCAACGAAGGUGGACAUUCUAGCAGCCUCAGAUGCCUGUGUUUUACUGACGCCGAAAGAGUCGUCUGGCUUGGUGCUAGAGCGGCUCGAUACUCUUGCGAAAGAAGUGCCGGAUGCCGUCGCUCUCGUCGAUGCGUCGCUCCUUGCAGAUCUUCAGAGUGCCGCGCCCACAUGUGCGUCUAUCGUUGGAGCAUCGCCGACGCCAUUCCCAGGUGCUGCUUGGGCUGCCGUGCGAUCUGUGCUGAGAGUCCCGCGUGUGAAUCCUGCGCUCGUUGAUGCUGUCGUCGAUGUGCUAUCUUAUAUGGACCGACCGUCCGUCGAGCGUCGCCUACGUCGGCCUCGAUACAAGAACAUGUCAGCGGAGGCGAUCAUCGAGGCGUUUCUUGAUGAUCCAGAUGGACUCCAGGAUAUAGAGGCCGACCAUGAGCCCGACCUGCCGCCGCCGCCCAGCAAGUCGACAUCAUCACACUCUGCGAGCAGUGACGCCCCACUUCCGCCCGAUGUCAAGGCUGCGAUCAUUGCGCGUGCCGAGUCGCAGGAUGCAUUCCAGGAAGAGUGGGAUCUCGAUGCUCCCUCAACCCCAGCACAGCAUGCUGAGCGCAUCCUUCUACAGACUUACCAGAUGGAUGCAUCCGUGUUUGCGCGGACCAAGGCUGCUCGCGCCUCAUCUGCUCGCGCGCACCUUCGCGACGCUCUCGCGCAUCUAGGGUCUUGGGGCGAUGAUCAGAUCGAGGGCUGGGGCGUCAUGUUCGACCGGGAUCCCCGCCGGCAUGAACGGCUCACACGUGUGAAGUCGAUCGUUGCGCCUAACGUCAACGUCGGCACUGAGCGGUCUUGGGCGCCCGAUAAGCUGAAGGGUGGGCGAACUCCCAAGCCAACCUCAGGCCCGUCUGCGUCCCAGCGUGGCGGUCGUGGUGGACGCGGCGGACGAGGCGGGCGCGGGGGCAGUGGCUCUAGCCGUGGUAGCGGACGAGGCGGAAGAGGAGGUCGAUGA